AGGCAAACCGUCGAUCUUAAUUUGACAACAGUUCAUGGCUACACAUAGCAAAUUUGAUGUAAUGCCAAUUCAAAUAGUCAAUUGUGAUCGAUUGAGUUGCUUUGUGCACAAAAUCUAUUUCUCUCUCUCUCUCUCUCUCAAUCUUUUAAUUCACACCGGAUGUUCCGUUAUCUACAUUUUUCUCCCUUAUUAUCCCUCCUUACAUUUGAGCAUUUCGUGGCCAUGGCUUACUACUACUUAUACUCCACCAUACCCAAGAAACCUCUAACCUCAUUCUUCAUUUCCUCUCCCCAUAUCAUCUUCAAAUACUCUCUUCACAAAUUCGUUCCUUCUACAACUCCAUCACUUUUUCCCUCUCGCCACCGUUCCAAGUAUUGCACAUGGGUGUCAGCUGUUUCAUGUUCUGUAGCUGAGACAGAUGAACAACACCAUAUCGCAAGUAAUGGACUUGUACACAAAGAAUAUGCUGACCUUAAUCUCUCUGACUUAUUUUGUGAGGAUAUUGGCAAUCUUCGAAUAAGGCCGCAUGUCAACCCUCUGCGACGUGCUCUCAUGAUUCCUGCAGAAGUACCGAACUGGAAGGAGGUGUUCAGGGAUGCAACAUUGCCUCUGAUGGUGGAUAUUGGGAGUGGUAGUGGGAGAUUUCUUAUGUGGCUAGCUAAAAGAAAUUCUUCAUCCAAGAAUUUUCUGGGAUUGGAAAUUCGGCCUAAGUUGGUCACACGGGCUGAGUACUGGGUAAAUGAGCUGGGUCUGAAAAAUGUACAUUUCAUAUCUACCAACGCCAUGGUUUCCUUCCAACGACUUGUAUCUACAUAUCCUGGACCACUGAUGCUAGUUUCAAUCUUGUGUCCAGACCCUCACUUCAAGAAAAAACAUCAUAAAAGAAGAGUGGUGCAGAAGCCUUUGGUUGAAUCCAUUGUGAAUAAUUUAGCACACGGUGGACAGAUCUUUAUACAAUCUGAUGUGCUUGACGUGGCAGUUGACAUGAGGAAUUAUUUUGAUGACGUGUCUAAUAAACUUGUGCAUAUAGAUAGUGUUGAUCCAAGUUUACCUUGUGAUGGUGAUGGAUGGGUAUUGAACAACCCAAUGGGGAUAAGGACUGAGAGGGAGAUCCAUGCAGAAUUUGAAGGUUGCAAAAUAUACAGAAGGGUUUACCAAAAAGUUCAACAUUAAUUUUCUGGUCAUAACUUGCUGUUUGAGAGUAUUAUGGAUCACACAGUUUUGUUCUUAGUCUUCUCCAGACAUUAAAGUUUGUAAGAUCUUUGAAGUGUCCUUCAACACAUCUAUUUUUGUUGUGGCUGUGGUUGCUUGAUGGCAUAGUGAGGCCACUUCAAAAGGAAGGCAUAUAACUUAACAUCUCAUAUGAGCACUAGCUCUCUUUAUUUCUUUUUUUUUUCAGUCUGUGUUUGCACCAUGAAAUGUAUUGUUUUUAGUUGGUAUUAGAAGUGUUUUGGCUAACUGGGAAAAGAUACUGGUCAAGUUGUGAAAGUGAGGAAUAAGGGCAGACAGGUCAAUUCCCUGACAUUUUGAAAGGAAAGAAAAUGAUGGUUUCAAGGAAGGAGAUUUUAAGACUGCCAUCUUGUGGCAAAGAGCCUGUUCGAUGGCAUCUGCGCCCGAAGCCAAAAUGCUUUCAAUUAAAAACUAUAGACAUGUCUAGAAUUACAUUCGUAUUCAUUUCUGGUUUUGGUUAGAGAAUAUUGUGUUUGUGAUGAUUCGAGAAAGAGGCGGGAUAGUGGUAUCUUUCUUUUGACAUGCUUUGGGAGCUUUAUUUGUCAGCUUUGUGCGUUUAUGACCAACAAGCUUAAGGGCAUCCUAAACCGAACCCAUGGGGCGUCACAGUGUUGGCCUAUGGCUCUGAAAAGCCAAAAUUGCUAUAUUUUGCAUCAGAUUCUGUAAUGGAAUAAAAGGGAAUUGAGAUGUAUUCGUCCUUCCAAUUAAUCCUCAACUUUUUCCCUUUUCCUCUUCAGAAUAUGCUAAGGUCAAUUAUCACCCUUUGUUAAAAUUGUGCAACUUUCUAAUGAAAGUAUGCCACUUUUAUUUA